UUCACAAUCGGACUAGUUCAUUGUUAGUCUAGUUGAACGCCUCGUUGAAACCUGGCUCUAAAACAAUGUUGUCUUGGGGGACCCUGUUGUAUGUUUUAUCAGUUUGUGCUGCUCAGAGAUAUCCCAUCACAGCGGCAUGGUUCAGUGACCAUCUCUCUCGUGAUAACUGGAAUGAAACUCUAGCUAACUUCACCAAAAAUGGUGGCGAUACAGUCCUCGUGAAAGCCCCGCAAUUCCAGUUCCGGUCGCAACACGAAAUGGAGGCAGAUCCGGAUUUUGCGUGGUGUGGCACAACGGCAACCAACACGGGACCAACGUGUUUUGCAGACGCAAAGAAGGAAAUGAACCAACUUGGAUUUAAGAUAGCAUCUUUCGCGUCUUACAAAAGUGGAGAAAAUUUCAGCGACGUCAUUGUUGCGUGUCCAGCAUUCGAAAAGAAAUUUGACCGUGCAAGGACAUAUUUUCGUCUUGUUCUUCCGACAACAGUUAGACCACAAAGCCAACCGUGUGACCUUCCAACGGGAUCCAGUGUCGUUGUUCUUUUCACGUCCUUUGCUGGCGUAGACUCCAACGAACUGCUGGUACGUACUGCAGCAGAGAGGAACAUGUCGGUGUAUUUGGGAAUCCCCGAGGCACCUGAUACAUUACCAAACCACCAGUACAUGGGGGCCUACUACGAGUGGUUUAGCAGGCUUUUGGUGGACCACCAACAAAGAUACUCUGGUAUAGUUCUCAGAAAGUCUAAAUAUAAGACAGCGUAUGAUGCCGUUACCGGGUACAAUUCAGGCGACGCGCUUCCUCUGGGCGACUGCAGUACUGUCAAAGACGCUCUCAUCCUAUACUCUACACAAGGAAACACGGUACAUCACCACGGCAAAAAGUUCUUAGUUUCUGCCUCUGUUGAUUUGAGGAAAACGGGAGGAUACAGCAUAGACGAUCAUGUCCACGGACUCAAUGCGCUCGUGAGCACUUCCGUAGCUGACGUCAUGAACAUCCAUGAAGGGAGGGGCUUUGGAAAAUCCUGUUACUAUUGGCCUACACAGAACGCUUUGCCGAUAUCACAGGUCGACAAGACACUUGAUGAAGUGCUGCAUUACCAGAAUCCCCAACUGAAACCUAAUGUCACUUUUGAUGAUUUCUUCUUCGGUAGUAUACAACAGCUAAUGGAAUCUUUGUUUAUUGCAAGAGAAGGCCUCCAGAAGAACGGCAGUUCUUUUGAUAUGUGGUUGAACAUUGAAGCCUUCGAGUUCCUCCAAGAUAACCCUUGCCUACCAACAUCCGGUACUGGAAUUUCGAUCACAAUGGACAGGGUCACAAAGGGUAGACUGGACAUGGCUUUGUCCGCAGGAGCUGUGUUUGUCCAGAAGGUGUCGGUGUCUGCUUGGAAUCCUGACUUCACUUGUAUACCGAAGAACUCAAGCUCAACACUGGCACAACAGGUGUACAAUGAUGCUGGUCGGCCCAUCAUCGCCAACUGUUCCUUCCACAGCCAGUACAAUCGUUCCGUGGUGGUCAUAGGCUUCAACUUACUGGGAGAAACACAAGGAUUCACGGUGACUUGGUCUGACAUUGGGCAUACGCGUCAUAAUAGUGACGUCAACGGUUACUAUUUUGAGGCUGACUUUGGCAGUGAGCACCACCUGGUGCCCUCUCUAAUCUACACACAGCUGUACGACCCUUACAACAGCAUGCAGCUCAACCCAAAAGGCACCGUAAGAGUCAAGGCCAGAGGGGCUAACCGAGCAUGCGUAUUCACGUAUGACUAUACCAAAGUCGAUAACGAAACAGGGGACAAAUAAAUAUGUUGAAAGUUGCAACUAGAAUUUUGUUUCUGUGAACAAAA